AUGGACCGAUAUGAUACUGCCCGACGGAGACAGACUCGUCCUGGCAGAUCGGCAUUAGGAUACUGGCUACCGCUGGUAGUCACCGUGACGAUUGCGACUGCUGGUCUAGCCGCCUGGAUCUGGAGCGAACGCCAACAUGACAACGAUGAUGAUGAUGAUGAUAACGACCGACAAGGUGAUACAGAAGACGACACAUACGACCACCCUCUAGACUACCCCGAGGAUAUACCACAAACACGAGAGCAAGCGCCCGGCUCUGGUGGUCAAGGCUUCCUGUCGCGUGUGGCUGGUCGCACUCCAUCACCUCAGCGCUUCUUCGACAAUGCUGGCCAGCGUAUACGAUCUGCCGUAGGGCUAUCUGGCUCAAGUGCUGCAGGAAAACAGGAAGAGCGAGGCGAUCCGGCCUUCUCGGACAACGAACACUGGAACGAAGAAGCAGAAACCAAACGCUCCCAGAGGGCCACCUCGUCGAGUCAUGCCGCCAACAAGCCAAAGAGAACCGUGGUUGUCGUCUUGAACGGAGAAGAGCAAGAAGAUGCUCAUAUGCAUGGUGCUGAGCAUGCUUCCAUCCUCUCCCACCUCCCUGACCAUAUCGAUCCGGCUCUUACGAACCUCUUCGUACUAAUCUACGCCCCCGAUUUGACUUCUCUACCUGACCUUCCCGUUUCUACAUCCGCCUCAACGACCCUCUCAUCCUCAUACGCCUCAGUCUCAUACCCUGCUUCGUCCCCUAAGUCGCUCUUCGAUUCGCUUUGGCAAAAGUCCUUGUCUCUGGUAGACAAGCCUUCCCAGGUCAUGCCCUUCUCGACCCCUACAGGCUACAUCCACAUUCUGCGCCACCUUUCUCCUUCUUUGGUCUACCUACCCGAUAGUCUUACCCUCUCUGGUCAUAAUGGUGAACACGUCCAACAACUCAAAGGCUGGGUUGGUCAAACAAUCCUCGUGGUCGGUGACGAUGGAGCCGGUGGUUUGAUCGACACCGAAACAGACACUGAAGACGAAGCAUCACGAAGAGACAUGGCUGGAGAAGGGAACCGCAACAAAUGGUGGGAGACCUCAGAUCUCAUCGGUCUGGGGAAGGAUGUUGAAGUCGUCGAUAUUGGACGCAUGGGUGAGGAUUGGUCGAGAAGAGUUGGUUGA